AACCUGUCACGUAGUUUUCUUUCGUGUUACCGCAUCUUAGUUACGCUGGAAUUUUUUGGAUUUUCUGUUGUUUCUCAAGUCUACAAGAAAUAAUCAGCAAUUUGUAUUACCCUGAGUUAUUUAGAACUGGUGAUUGUUGUGUUUGAAUGGAAAAAGACUUUGUAUCUUGGUUUCGUCCCCAGUAUCCAGAUCUGCAAUCUGCCCAUUUGAACUUUUCUAGUCGUGGACUCGGUAUUGGGCUGCAGAAUUCUGUUCCUAUUUACAUGCCUCCGUACGUGAAUGAGGUUCCGGUGAAAGGGGAUUCUCCCUUCUCAUUUUCUGGGCUGCAAGAAUCGAAGGCAAGCCAACCAACUGAACCUCACAAUUGGUUCAACUGUUUACCACGGUUUUGUCAGGGUUUCGCUCCUGGUUUGAGCACUAUAGCGAAAGAGAAGUUUGCUCCUCAGUCAGUUGACAAUUCCGGAGGUAACAAAGAAGCCAAUGCAGGCAGUGGAUCCGUGCAGAAGCGAUUCCUUGUUUUUGAUCAGUCUGGUGAUCAAACAACUUUACUUUACAGUUCUCCAAAUGAUACUCCUGUGCAAUGUCUGCCCUCUUGGCAUCCAAAAUCCUCUGCACCUUGUAAUCUGAUUAAGGAAGGUGCCCAAAUUUUAGGGAAUGGAACUUGUCCAUCUAUGCAUUACUCCGGUGGUGAAUAUUAUGAAGAAAAUCAUAGAGAUGAUGUGGAAAGUGAAUUGCACGAGGAUACUGAAGAAUUGAAUGCACUUCUCUACUCAGAUGAUGAUGAUAGUUAUUCGGAGGAUGGUGAAGAAAUAAGCACAGGUCACUCGCCUAGUACUAUGACAGCUCAUGAUCUAUCACCGUGGCUUGACGAGAUGGGGGAAGAAGUAGGUAGUUCAGAAUGGCCAAGCAAAAGGCGUAAACGGUUAGAUGGUGGCUGUUAUAUACCAUCACUCGCGGAUACUGCAACUUCUACAAAACCCUUUACUUGUUCGGACUUGGAGGAUGAUGCAGAAUCCAGUUGUGGGAACAGUCAUAAUCAAGUUUCAGAAUUGGUUUCUCAAUCUGGGAAAAAGAGGCCAAGAAAAGAUCAAAUUCUCGAGACGAUAAGUAUUUUGCAGAAAAUAAUCCCUGGAGGUAAAGGAAAAGACUCGAUGGAUGUCAUUGACGAAGCAAUCUGUUACUUGAGAUCCUUGAAGGUGAAAGCCAAGUCUCUAGGACUUGAUAUUCUUUGAGCUUGUAUGCUCCUGCUGUUGGUUGUCCAGGUACUAGUAGUAUCGGUACUCGUGACAUAAUGUUCUAACGGAAGUUUUUGUGAAUAAAUAAGCAGAAAUAAGCUCAGACGUCGUGUGGUACAGAGGACUUCCCUGAAUUUCAUAAGCUAGAAAACCAGAUUGAAGACCCUUAUGGCUUCUUAAUUCAGCAGUUGCUGUGCUUUGAAAUCUGUAGUAUGUCUCAUUCAUAUCUUUAUGCGUAAGGGGGUACUUCCUAUCAUGGUUCCGAUGGGGGAGGUGAAAUCUCAGUUAACGAGCAAAUGACAUAUACCUCCAUAGGAUCCUCCAGAAGUUGUUGCACUUCCUGCACUCUCUCUCUUUUCCGCAUGAUCUUUUUAAGUACUGUUGUUUUCCUUUCGUCUCAUGGCAGCAAUUGUAGCGGCGAUGCUAGAUCUUUCUCUUAGCUGCUGCAUUAGGUAUUUGUUGCGCGACUAUUGCCACAUAACUAGUUAAGAAUUACUCCAUGUUAACAUGGUGUGAAGUUUGUUGUCCAAAGUGUGUCUAGUUUCGUUAUAUGUAUGUAUCUUUUAUUCGAAUGGCUAAUGUAAACUGUGUUUUGUGUUGAUUUUA